AUGCCUCCAAAGCAGAGGGGCGACUUUGUUUGCUCGGUGUGCGGCUUCAGAUGCCGCUACGAUUUCUUUGGCAAGGAUCCGCCGUUCGGACACAAAGCUGUGAGGUGGGUGGAGGACAUCUUUGCCCUGCAGAACCCGUCUUCUGCUGAAUACGGGUCCGUUCAGACCAUCUGUUUGGGAGCGCUGUGCAGUGCUUGCUCUGCUCCAGUCUGCGUCGAUGACAAGUGUUCUCUGUUUUACAAGCUCCGUUUCUGCAGAGCGUGUGCGCGACAGGCAGAGGGCAGCUUCCCUCCUGAGGUAGCUGAAGGGCUCUCCAAGGAUUUACGCAAGAUAUUGCCAGCGGAGGCUGCGACGAGGUGCUCACGUUUGCAGGUGUUGCUCGACAGCUUGGCUGGGUCGGCUGCCAGGCUGACUUUGGGUGGAGACAAAGCAGCCUCGGCGACGUACUUUGCUGUCUACGGAUUCGGAUUUCUAGGCCAAGCCUCAUACAUUUUGGUCCUGGGGCAGUGCCUGCAGGGAGUUUUCUUCCAAAGCGCUCUUUGCCUACCUUGGGCAACAGCACUUUCCUGCCUUCUGUGCCUGCCUAUUGGAGUGUCAGUGAGACACCUGUCAGAUUCAGUGAUCCUAUGUUUCAUCAACCUGUUCCUCAUUCUGGCGGUACUUGCCAUUGUGAUGGCGAAAAUGUACUUUGAGGGGCGAGCUUCGCAGGUCAAUACCUUUGCUUUUGCAGAAGAUCUCACCUUCUGGAGUGUAUUUGGAGCCGCUUCUAACGUGGUCUACUCCUACGCAGGCCACUGGCUGUAUUUCGAGCUGAUGGCAGACAUGCAGACGCCGGAGCACUUCCCUUUGGUCUUUCUCAUCAAUGCUCCGCUCCAGGUGUUUCUCUACUUGCUUGUGGCCUGUUGGGGCUAUCACUUCGCUGGUGAUCAGGCCCAAGGCUACUUCCUGGACAACUUGCCCGAUGGAGAACCUUAUCGUUGGGCGUCCAUUCUACUGUUCGCGCACGUGGCCAUCGCAUUUCUGGUGAAGAACGUGGUGAUCUCACGUGCGCUUCACAUGUGGCUUUCUCCCAACAGAGCAGACGUGGGACUUCGUGAGCCGGGUGGUGUCCGAUCUCAGGCAGAGUUUGCGGGUUGCGUGGUAUGCAUUUUCAUUUCUGCCUGGGCCAUUGCAAAUUCCAUUCCGUUUUUCUCGGACCUCCUUGCGUUGAUAGGGAGCGUGCUAAGUGGACCGACCUCCUUCCUGUUGCCAAUUGCAUUCUGGCUCGGUGCCAGGAGAGUCCAGGCUGGUGACUCGCGGAUACCGAUGAGAUCAGGCGAAUGCCAGAUGGGCGAAGUACAGGCUAACCGCCCGCGUGAGCGGAUGGCGUGUGAAGUCUCACCUACGUCGAACGUGUCGGUUGGCAGCAGCCGCAUAGCGUUGAGCUGGAUGGAUGUGUUGGCUUGCACAGCAAUUGCAGCGUUCAUUGUCAUUACAAUGGGCCUGGGCACCAGCCAUACCCUCAACGACAUCGCUCACAAUAUCCGUACUUACGGCCGACCGUUUGACUGCCAAGCUCGUCACGCUCGUGGUGGCACAUUGUCUGAGACACUGGCAAGGUGGCUUAUCCUGCUGACGUGA